ACUUAAACGGUCGUUGUGAUUUUGAUUUCAUUUGUCGAAUUUGGUUUGUUGUUUUGAUAUUGCAAUUGCAAUUGUCCGAAUAAAUACGACAUUUUUUCAUUAUUUGAGCGAUGAGUUGUUUGUGAAUUAUACUGAUUGUGUUUAUGAAUGACUUUGCAUUCAAAUAUUAGCAAAUAUGAUAGAAACACCUAUAUCAUCUACUCCAGGGUUGACGAGAUUGAGUCUUGGCGGGAGCAGUAACAGUUCGAUAAGACGACGAAGUCUUAUUCCUAAAACCAAAUCUAGAGAUGAACACCAAGACCGUAACGAUGAUGAUGCGGAAAGAUCUUCAUUGCUGGCUUCUGAGCGGGCGGUGGCAACAUCUACACCAACUACAGCUUCCCCGAGGCGAGGAAGGGAUACUAUGUCGUCUUCCCCACAGAAAGAGCACUUCCAAGGGUGUCUCAAACUCUACGCUGAGAAUAAAAUAAACAAAGACAAUGCAUGGAACCUCCAACUGAUUGACUUUAUGACGACAAUGCUAAGACGUCAUGACUCCCGCAUGGACAACCUUCAGACCGCUUCCACUGUGGUAGAUGCAUCGGCCAGAAUCUACUCAUUUAGAGUGGAUGCCGUACACUAUGAUGUUCUGAAGAUGGCUGGCGGACUAAGCAAAGCUGCUCAAACAAAAAGAGGCAAGAGAGACGACGACGAAGCGGCGCCCGAGGACGCGGCGGAGGGCGGAGCGCCCGCGAAGGCCAAGAAGAAGAAGAGGUCGAAGGGCGCAGUGGCGGCAAACCCGGAAGUCUUUAAUGGCGAUUUUGAUUCCAAUGAUUAUAUCGACCCAUUCUUCGAGAGACUGGCCGCGACGACUGGCGAUGUGACGUCAUCAAACAGAGCAUUCAACGCGACGCUUCCUAUUCACGACUCGACGUUAGCUUUAAUUCUGAGGACUGAUGACAAAUUUCUGGAGCCGAUCAAGGAGAAUAUCCCGGAGGACAUUGACCUCUCGGUCACCAUCUCGCUGGCAACCAAGCUGCUACCAGUGUUCAGUGAAGGCGACCACAUCUGUGAACCCUUCACAGGUUUCUCCAUCAGUAACUGGGACCCAAAUACUGAGGACAGUAACACACGCGUCAACAACUGGGUGGAAGACAACCGUCUGAACUUGUCCCAACAAGCCCUGGCGUUCGAUAUCAAUGCUGAAGUGGAGCCCAUACCGGCAGACGAAGCUCAUAAUGAUUUAUUUGACGACGACCCGCUGGGCGGCAUCGACAGCGAGGAGGAGGCGGAGGCGGCGCUGGCGGCGUGCGCGGCGCGCGGGCCCGCGGCGCCGGCGCGCCUCGCCGACAUGCGGCCGGCCGCCGCGCGCGACUCCCGCCUGGAGUACUCCUACUGCGGCUCCGUCGUGGCCGCCUGGGCCGGCCCUUCGCAUUGGAGGUUGAAGAACAAUCGAGCAUCAAAACAGUCCGAGCGGACUCAAUCUACUGGCGGUCGUCUCACCGUAGAAAGCAAAAAGCCGGCACGGACGAAACGUCAGCUAGACUUCCUCGGCGCGGGGCUGACGUUCGAUUCCCGGGCCGAGCCCACCGGGGAAUACGAACCCACACAGCCCGCUAAGAUCAUGAUCAGUAGGAAGACGUUAGCUACAGGACACACGUGGAAUGAAGCUAACUUCAAGACGCCUAUUGAUCGCGGUUUAGAUGAGUCCCAUUUCCGGAAGCUGUUCAUCAGACGCAACGUGAUGAUGCUUCGCAAACGAGAUUUAGAAGCGAGUCGCAAGGGUCCGGACCCCGCGCCCGAGCCCCUGACGGUGGAGGAAGCGAGGGAUUACGACUAUAAUAACGAAAAUGACGCCUCCUACUGCCCUAAUAAUAUGCAGGAGGGCGACGAGUGGGGCCCCGAGGACGGCGCGGCGUGCGGGCUGCACGAGCAGGCGAGGGCGGAGCCCGAGGAGAUCGGCGACAUGCUGGAGCCGCCCACCAAGGUGGCGAAGAUUUUCAUUCCGUACGCGAUGCGAGCGAAAAAAGUGGACAUGAAACAGUUGAAGCAUUGCACUUGGAAAAUGCUGACGGAAAAUACACCAGAAGGUGGCAAGGAAGAAGUCUCCAAAACUACUUUCUUUUCAGUCUAUUCAAAUUUGCCGAACAAACUUUCUUCUAACAUGCGAGAGUCGCUUAGUGUGCCAUUAGCUUUAUUAUCAGUGUUACAUCUAGCGAACGAAAAAGGUCUAGUGUUAGAGAAGAGAGACGAUUUGAAUGACAUCGGCAUUUUGGGACUUAUAAAGUAGUAGUUCAAAUUCAAUUAUUUAUUGAAGUAGGUUGAUAGUAUGGCUUAUCGAAGCCUGAAACUUAUCAGGGCUCGGAAUUAACUUUUGCGAAGUGUACUUAUCUUACAGGCGGCGAUCGAAGUAAGAUGGCGAUUUAUUUAUUAGUAUUUUUACUCAAAAUAUUUGGAUUCAAAGUGAGUAUGACAAACAAUAUGUUUAAAUGCAGAACUAUAAAAAAUACGUAAUCGUUCGUUGGUUCUAAUAGCCUGUUAAAUUAAAAAAAAUAAUUCAAAGGCCCUGUUAAUAAUAAUUUUAUACAAUUUUUAUAGAAAUCGAAA